UCCUAAAUUAAGAGAGGAGUGCGAUUGUUGGUACAAAGUGCUAACUAUAGAAUCAAGCAUGUGAGUUCUUUUUAUAGUUGUUGAUCUGUUGACAUUGGUCUCAUGAUUGUUUAGAUAUAGAUUGUGGUGGCAGCCUGGCAGGGAAGCAUCUUAGCCCGACGAGUUGGUACUGGUCAGAUUUUGUAGUAUAUUUCAAAUGGUAAAUAGACAGUAGGAUUCUACUAUUUAACAUCUGGCCCACAACAGGCAAUGAGUGUUGGUUAAAGCUGUGUACAAUCUAUAAAAAUAUGUAGUGUAGAGUGUUUAUUUUAUUCUGAACAUGGUAUAUUCUCUGAUCUGUUUUUGGUCCAUCUUUGCGGGAAGAUGCAAGUGUUUUGAUGACAUAUGUUUGCUGUACAAUGGAAUCCUCAUGAUACUACAGUUUUUCUACAGUGGAUAGAGAUACCUUCUUCAUUACUCUUUCUUUCACAAGGGCUAGCAGAAUCUCUUUACCUCAUCUGCUAGGACCUGUGCUUAUAACGACAUGUGAAUACUAUCACUGUCAUGUCCUUUUCCAUCGAAGUUGCAUCGUUGGCCAUUUGCACUGAACCUCGGAUUAAGAAGAUCAUGCAAGCAGAUGAAGAUGUCGGCAAGAUUGCUCUAGCUGUACCUGUUCUAGUUUCCAAAGCGUUGGAGCUAUUUUUGCAAGACUUAUGCGAUAGGACAUAUAACAUCACUGUUGAAAAAGGGGUCAAAACAGUGAGUUCAUCACAUCUGAAACAGUGCAUUCAUAGUUACGAUGUGUAUGAUUUUUUGAAGAACGUUUCUAGCAAAGUUCCAGAUUUGGGUCCACCUGAUUCUAGUGUUGAUGAUAAGCUUGGCAAAAGAAGGAAACAUGGUGAAGAUGAAAGCGAGGAGGAAUCGAAGCGGACAAGAAAUGAGGCAGCAUGCCACACAAGCAACGGCAGAGGGCGUGGGAGGGGACGUGGGAGAGGUCGCCGUGCUGGGCGUGGAGCUGAGAGGGAGAUUGAACACCAUGAAUUAGGUUGUGCCCAAUUUAGCAAACCAGGCCACCUGAAGGUAGAGAUUGGAGACGUUGUUCUGGACACAAGUGAAACCAAAGAGCAUACCCCUUUGAGCAAUGCCAGGGCCUCCUUAAGGAACAUUGACUUGAACUUAGAUCUUGCUGACUACGAGGAGGAUACAGUGGCGCCGCAAGUCCAGCCUUCAGCUCCUGUGGUGACCGUGGCACCGCAAGUCCAGACUUCAGGACCAUCGGUUUCACAGUUGAAAGAAGAAGUGGAGACCAAGGAUUUCCUGGGCUGGCAAAUGCCUGAGAUGAACAAGAUGGCCAUGGACCCGGUCCAGUUUGCGUUGUCGUCAAACCAUAGAUUAGAGGAGGACGAAGACUAUGACAAUGAAGAAUGAUGUGACUCUAGUUUGAGAAGCUGAUAGGUAGACAUGACAUGAUGUACAUCCUAGCAGGCCAAGCUUGACAAUGUAGUAGCAAUUCUCUUGUAGUAUGUGUACUGGCAGAUGCUGCAGAAGUAAUUUAGGAUGUGACAUAUGUUGAUUGCUCAAUAGCCAGUAGUAGCUAGUAUUUUGUGUAGCAACUAUAUAGUGUAGCAACUAUAUAACUAGACAGGUUCUCCGGUUGUAAAUCAUGGUUGCUUUUAGAUCAAAUGCUAUGUCAUAAUGCUUAUGUUA